CGAAGGGGCCAAUAGGAACGAAGACAAGGUUGCGGUCGAGCCCCUUCGAGCGGGACUCGGCCGCCACGCUUCUCUUCCGACGAUUGAUAAUCAAGCUCGGCAAAGAGGUUUGUCAUGCUUGUACAUAUAUGUAUAAUGCGUGGAGUGUCAAGCGGGACAUGUGGGUUUGAAAUGCGCGCUGUACCCAUUGACUACCUACUGAAUCCUCACUUAUCUAUCAUUAACAACGACCUCCCCCCAUUGCCCACCGCUGAUACCUUUUGGUUUUCACAGCCCGCAGCCAUAUUACUUUACACCUCAUCAACUCGCCUACCAAACAAUUAAGAUGGCCGACCUGGCUGAAGCAAGCGCAAGGGUCGCUGCCGACUUGGAAACCAGAUUUGACCGCAUUAAUGUGGCCUACAAAACUGUAAACAACACGGCGCUCGAAACGGCCAUCUUCAUCCCGAAGACGGUCUCCUCAAGCACCGCGGCCGCAACCGCACCGGUAUUGGUUCACUUCCACGGCGGAGCCCUUAUAACGGGCGCUGCUCCCGACCUCCUCUUUCUCGGAGACUGGGUGCGCGACUUCGCCCACACCGCCGGCGCGAUCUUCCUCUCCCCAGCCUACCGCCUCGCGCCCGAAACCCCCGCCGUCGAAAUCCUCGACGACAUCGCCGACUUCUGGACCUGGCUGCACGCGGCGCUGCCGGGCACAAUCCGCGCCCAAUUUCCGCACCUCAGCCCCGACCUCAACCGCAUCGCGGCGAUCGGCGAGAGCGCGGGCGGCUACCUGGCGCUGCAGUCGGCGCUGCAAUUUAGCGGCCCCGCGCGCGGCCUGCGCGCCGUGAUUGCGCAGUACCCGGGCAUCUUCCCGGACCUGCCGGCGUUCAACCCGCGCCCGGACCCGCCCGACGCGGCGCUGGAUGCGGUGGUGGAUGGGUAUGUGCGCGGGCUGGAGCCGGGCGCGAUGAGGGUGGCGACGGCGUGGCCGGGGCUGGCGGAUCUGGCGGUGGCGGCGCUGCAGAAUGGCCGGCUGCGCGGGCUGUUGGGGGAGGAUCCCGAGGGCAGGCUGACGCUGAGGUACGCGCUGGCGAGGGCCGAGGAGGUGCCGCCGGCGGUGUGGGUCAUUCAGGGGGAGCAGGAUACCCUGGUGGCGAAGGAGGCGGCCGAUCAGUUGGUGGAUAUGUUGAAGAGGGAGAGGCCGCGCGCGGUGGUUAGGUAUACCGUUCGGGAGGGGGAUCACGCGUUUGAUGCGGUCAGUUCGCUGCAGGAUGAGUGGCUGGCUGAGGGGGUCGAGUUUAUUAAGGGGCACUGGUUGAAGUAGACACUGUGCUGAGGGAAAGGCCGUGGCUGGUUUUACCAGCGGUCACUGGAAUGCUCAACGCAAACCAUCCUUCAGGCUUUUAGCAGCAAGCACAUACAUAAUUACCCAUGGCCAUGGCUUCUUGGGAACUGCUCCUAAAAUUCAGUCUUCUAACCCCA